AUGCGUCAAGUCGCCAGAAUUCACGAAGGCAAACUUGCAAUUGUCACAGGAUCCGCACGCGGAAUCGGGUCCUACAUUGCUCGCAAGCUCGCUUCUCAGGGGGCCAAUGUUCUUGUCAACUAUGCCACGGACUCGUCGAAUUGUGCCGCAGCGACUCUGUGCAAAGAGCUCCAUAAUGAGCAUCGGGUGACUGCUAUCCCGUGCAAAGCGGAUAUAUCUACCCUUUCCGGGUGUGAAAGCAUUAUCUCCGUUUGCAAAGACAAUUUCAGCAGUGAUCAUCUUGUCAUCAGCAUCAUUGUACACAACGCCGCCGUCCUGUACCUCGGACCGGUCGAGUCCGUCAAACCCGACGAGUUUGACCAUAUUUACCGAGUUAACGUUCUCGGUCCUGCUCUCCUCACAGGGGCCUGCAAGCCGUAUCUGCCGACUGAUAGGUCUGGCCGUAUUGUCAUGGUUUCAAGUAUUAAUUCAAAGGUGGGCUUACCCAAUACCACUCUCUACGCCGGAACAAAGGGCGCCCUGGAAACUAUGGCCAGGGUCUGGUGCCGUGAACUGAGUGAGAACUGCACUGUCAACACCAUCAACCCUGGGCCAGUCAUGACCGACAUGUACAUGUCCGCUCCCGAUGAGGUCAAGGAACAGCUGGGCCUUUGGAACUCCCUCACCCCCCUUGUUGCAGUCCGCGAUUCGGAUGGUCCAGAGGUGCAGGAGCUUGGGAAAAAAUUUGGAGGUCGAGCAGCCUAUCCCGAGGAGAUUGCGGGUCUUGUUUCCAUGAUUUGCAGCCCUGAGUCGGGUUGGAUGACGGGUAGUUUGGUAAGCGCCAACGGGGGACUUACAUUCAGUUAUUGA